AUCCAUUUCACGGCCGUUGCUCGCUUGUAACGGCGGUAUAAAAAAUGGCCAUCGUCAUAUUCGUUGAACUAUCGGUGCCUUUUUUAUUAAACUGUCCCUUUUAUUAACAAGUCGACAGAGUAAACAAUGCGAGUCGUGGCGACGCUGACUGAAACCGGAGCUAACGGGCGGUAGUCAGAUCGUUUCCCGGCCGUCAGAGCGGCUCUGUGUGCGGCUGAAGCAGAUGGGUGCUCGGUGUAUUUGGGUAAAAGGCGGAAGACUGCGUAUCAACAGACCCAACCAGAGAUGCUAUACAGCUACAGCCGCUAGCCAGCUAACUGUUUGUUGCAAGAUGUUGGUAAACAGGAGCCGAUUCGCCAGGAAUUAAGGAUAACAGAGGAAGAAUUUCGACAGACGAUAUCUUUCUUUAUGGAGCCACAACAGGACGACUUGAACUGAGACAGCUCAAAUACUCAGCUAGACGCAGUGCUCACUGAACCUCAGGAUGGCGAGCAGGAGGAAAUCCACCACCCCCUGCAUGGUUCCUCCUCGAGAAACCGUCGACUCGGAUCAGGAGAUGGAGGACAUCAUGGAUGUGGCAGAACCGGAGGACAGUAACGGCGUGGUGUCCGUCUCCUCGGAGGUUUGCGGUCUGUCGGAGGAGCGAGGCGAGGAGUCCGACGUCAGGCAGGUGUCGGACCACUACCUGGACUUGAACAUGGCAGAAGGAGGAUACGAGUGCAAGUACUGCAGCUUCCAGACGUCAGAGCUCAACCUGUUCACCAUGCACGUGGACACGGAGCAUCCGGACGUCGUCAUCAACACUUCCUAUGUCUGCAUGGAGUGUGACUACCACACAAAGAGUUAUGAUACACUGCUGGCCCACAAUGCUCGCCUCCACCCGGGUGAAGACAACUUCACACGGACAAUGGUGAAGCGAAACAACGAGACCAUCUUCCAGCAGACGGUCAACGACCUCACCUUCGACGGCAGCUUCGUCAAAGUGGAGGACGACGAGGUAGAAGAGACGUCCCGCAAGGGCAUCGCCUUCAGCAAGACGCCCAUCAUGAGGAUCAAGAGCAGACUGGAACCCAAGAAGUUUGCCGCCGCACACAAGAUGGCCGUUGACGACAUCAUCAAAGUGGAAAGCGACGACGAGGACGAUGAAAACAAGGAGCCGCCCACUCUGUCUCCUGCCCCGAUGACCCCCGCCGCCGUCGCCCCUCGCCUCAUCCCCGUCUCCACACCGGUGCAGGUCCAGGCCGUCCCGCAGAGCAUCGUGGUCAACAGCCCCAACGUGCUGCAGAUUAAAGGCGGCUCCGGCGGCGGCGCCGUGCUGCCUCCGGGGACACUGGCUCAGGUUCUGUCAGCCCUGCAGAACCAGCAGAACAGUGCUCAGACCCAGACUCAGCUUCUCAUCCCCAUCAGCAGCAUCCCCACCUACAACACGGCCAUGGACAACAACGUCCUGCUGGUCAGCGCCUACAACAGAUUUCCGUAUCCCUCAGUGUCAGAGAUCAUGGGCCUGUCUUCACAGACCAAGUUCAGCGAGGAACAGAUCAAGGUCUGGUUUUCUGCUCAGAGGCUCAAACAUGGAGUCAGCUGGACACCGGAGGAGGUGGAGGAGGCGAGGAGGAAGAAGUUUAACGGCACGGUGCAGACCGUCCCUCAGACCAUCACCGUCAUCCCUGCCAACAUUGCCGCAGCCACCAACGGCCUUCAGUCCAUCUUCCAGACGUGUCAGAUCGUCGGACAGCCGGGCCUCGUCCUCACUCAGGUGGCCAGUAACGGCAGCACCGUGCCGGUCGCCUCACCCAUCACCCUGACAGUCGCAAGCGUCCCUGGCAACCAGCCCAAAGCUGCCGAACCGUCGACAUCAGAAUCAAAGACUGAGAUGUCGGCUUCUUCAGCCAGCACGGCGCUCAGUUUGGACGCAGCGGCGACGAAACCGAAGAAGUCCAAGGAGCAGCUGGCGGAGCUGAAGGCCAGCUACGGCAGGAGGCAGUUUGCCACCGAGGCGGAGAUAUCUCGGCUCAUGCAGGUCACUAAACUCUCCAAACGAGCAAUAAAGAAGUGGUUCAGCGACACACGUUACAACCAGAGGAACUCGAAGGAUCAUCAUGGUGUCCUGCUGAGCGAAACCUCGUCCAGCAGAGCAGCGGCGCCAGGGGGAGGCAGAGUGGGAAGGAACAGCAGCGGAAGCCUUAAUGACAGCAACAACAGUGACAACACUACCACCAUCGUCAUCGACUCCAGUGACGAUGCCAGCGACUCCUCUCCGACUUCUGCCAACGCCCCGGGGUCGUCUGGGACAUCCAGCGACCCACGGGUCAAAUUCCGCCACGCCUUCCCCGACUUCACGCCACAGAAGUUCAAGGAAAAGACGCCGGAGCAGCUGUUCAUCCUGGAGGCCAGCUUCCAGAAAUCAGACACGCCCUCGGACGAGGAGCUGAGCCGACUGCGAGCGGAGACGAAGCUGACGAGACGCGAGGUGGACGCUUGGUUCACGGAGAGGCGAAAAAUGCCUUCAGCGGGGCAGGUAAAAGAGGGAGACGUCGAAGGGGACGGCGAGAAGGUGAAACCAGCCGCUGUGCCUUCAUCCUCGUCUCAGGAGAGACAGACGACUCCGCCUGUUGGCAGGAAGACGAUGAAGAAGACGCCGGAGCAGCUCCACAUCCUGAAGAAGGCAUUCGUCCGCACGCAGUGGCCGACGCCCGAGGAGUACGACCAGAUGGCAGAGGAGAGCGGACUGCCGAGGACGUACAUCGUCAACUGGUUCGGAGACACACGCUACGCCUGCAAGAACAGCAACCUGAAGUGGUACUACCUCUACCAGAGCGGGAAGGUGGAUGAGGCGCUGAACGGUGGAGCCAAGAGUCAGAAGAAGUCCAGGAAGCGUUUCCGGGGCUGGUCCAGGAGGACGCGUCGGCCGUAUCCCUGCAAACGUUCCCCACAGGGGGACGCCACCGCCAUCAAGGUGAAGUCCGGUAAGGCCUUUUUGAAGGACUACUACCUCAAACACCGAGCCCUGAGCGAGAAAGACCUGGACGACCUGGUGACAAAGUCCAGCAUGAGCUACGAGCAGGUGAGGGACUGGUUCUCUGAGACAGCAAGGAGGGUGGAGGAGGGCAAAGAGCCCUUCAGCGACGAGGAGGCCGAGGGAGAAGAGGGGGAGGGUGAGGACGAGGAUGAGGAGGAAGAGGAAGAGGAGGAGGUGGCGGCGGCGGCGACAGAGCACGGAGACAGCGAGGGAGAGAUGGAGGUGAAAGAACAAGGAGAGGAGGCCUCGGAUGACGAGAGCAAUGAGGAGGAGGAAGAGGAGGAGGAGAAGGAGAAGGAGGAAGAGAAGGAGGAGAAGGAGGAGGAGGAGGAGGAGGUGGCGGAGGUGGCAGAGGAGGUGGAAGAUGACGAGACGAUCCAGGAGGAAGCUGAAGGUGUCAGCCAAUCACAGCCUCAGGCAGAGGAGCAGACAUGAGCAGACAGACUUAGCGUUGCUUCCCCCACUGUGGAGACGACACGGAGGAUGACAUACAUCAGUGUUUCUCAGCUGGCGGGUCGGGACCCAAAGACGGCCGCAGGAAGCUCUGACGGAGUUACAGCUCAGACGGAUCAUGUGAUACUAAACCGAAGGGUUUGUGCCUUGGAGAUGAACUUUGGGUCCUGAUGGAGCUGAGAAGCACUGAGACAGUGGAGCUGAAUGAAAAGGACAAAGCGUCAGGAUCUAGUUUGUUUUGGCUGAUGAACUGUGGGGACCAACUCAACGUUAAAGACGACGCCUCUCACCAAACAGCGGCGCCACCAGAGUAAGUUCCAGCUCUGCUCUUGUACAAAUAACAAGGCUUUUAUUUUGGUGAGAAUGACAGGGCUUUUAUUUUGGCCUUUAAUGUCACUUUUCUUACAAAAAAAUUCUACAUUUUAAGGUAAACUUUGUAUAAAGGAAAAAAAAUCCAAAACAUUUCUAAGAGGUGAGACCUCGUGUGGUUUCCUCGUUAUUCAUACAGCUUUUUUCAGAAUAACGGAGGAACCAUCAGACCUUUUUCUCCAGGGAACAUCCUCUCCCCAAACCCAACUACGAAAACAUGUUGCUCUUCUAAAAGAAAAGGUUUUUAAAACCACAUUGUUUUUUUGUGAAUAGACAAAUUAGUGCCAUUCUGUUUAUAACUUUUUGUUUUGAAUCAAAAAAAUGAAAUGAGUGCUGGAAUUAAUUCCACAUCAACGUUUUAACUUUUUUGUAUUUUUUUCAAGUGAUUUAUUAAAGUCUGAUCGACAUCUAACGUCAUGGAAACUGAAUCCAUUCUACUAUUAUUAUGCUAUUCUUUUGCAAGUGGUGGUAAUUUCCAUGUUUGCAGGUGUUUGGGUCCAUUCAGUUUCAUUGACAUCAUCAGUUCAGUUGGAAUUUACCUCCAAACACACAAGUCACUGAAGGAUGGAAGUGAAACAAGACACGUGACAGGAAAAUCCUUAAAGGGGAAAUCCACCUUAAAACUCAUCAUUGAACAAUUGGUGGGUUUAAAAUGACCAAUCAGAGUCCUGAGAAUCCAGAUCAUGCUAAAGUGGCCAAUAACAACAACAUUUAAAACAUGCAGAGCAAAACAUGUUACCUGUCAGUGCUGUGAUGGGUCAACUGUUUCUAAAUCCCCUCAAAGGUCUUUGAACUUCUGUACUGACAUUUUCUGUUACUCACUGAUCAACAUACACUCUGACACUGAUAAUGAUCAGCUAUGUGUUGUUCGGGCUGUAAUGUUGGCAGCACCUGACACAGUGUAUUCGCUCAGUGAUCAGUUUAUUAUGGACACCUAGCUCACACUUACUCAGUCUAAUCCAACAGUAAAUCCUCCUUCAUGAAGGGUUUAAUAUUCAAUUUGUGUUGAAACUGUUUUAGAGACGUCUUGAAUUAAACCGACAGGUGUUUCUAUUAUUUUGUCCACCCCACCUAUAUCAAUGAGGAUAGGCUAAAUAACAGAAACACCUGUCUCAGUUCAGCAGCAGCAGAAACUAGAUCCUCUAAACAGCAGAAUCUUCGACCUAUUCAACAAAUAAAACUGAACAUUAAAACUUCCACGAAGGAGAACUGCAUUAGCCUGAGCCAGGUGUUCAUAAUAAACUGCCCACUGAGAGUAGUCCUGUAUAUGAAUAGCUGUAUAACUGGUGAAGAUGCGGUGCAGGUGGUAGUGUCAGAUUUUCACAAUCAAACAGUGAGGGGUCAGUGAGUCUUUGUGGAGCCACCAGUUCAACAGUCCUACAUCACAAAUGUUUGUUACCAUGGUGUAACUUGGUCCAACACAACUGUUUAAAUGUAAACAGUAAACAACAACCAGUUUAACUCAGCACAGUCUGAAAUGUAGAGAAAUGUUUGUGCCCAGGUGAAAUGACUCUGUAAAGUCGUGUCUCCUUUAUCACAGCUUCCUGCACUUAGACACUAUAACAGAUGUCACAGGUGGAAUCAGAGAGAGUUCAGUGUGUGUGUGUGUACACACCACUCAUAUACUCAGGAUGUUUUGCUUUGUAGGUAACAUAUGUGACCAUGACGUAUGAAGAGAGCUGGUUGUGUUUGAAAGAUUACCUGCCCCCAAAUGCUCUGUUUCUGUAGCUGGGUUUCACUCCCACAGACACAAUAUGGCCAAGUGCAAUAUACAAAUGGCAGGAGGAAGGAAAAAUGUGUCACAACAGACCAUAAAUGAGGCAAUGUGGUGCUACAAAUCAUAUUCUCCAGCCAUUGUUGAAAAUAACAUCCUCAUUUUUAUAUACUUCAUAGGGCUGCACGAUAUGAAAAAAAAUCUUAUUGCGAUUCAUCUGGCAGAUAUUGCGAUUUCAGUUGGAAUGGUUGUUUUUUCAGUUCACUUUCACAAAAAAAAAUUGAAAAUGAUGAUGAUGUGAUUUUUGUUGGGUCUUGUAGCAUUGUUGUGCCAACAGUGCACAGUGACACAUUUUACCUUUUAUCAAAAAAAUUGCCGCUCUUGCAAUUUGUAUUUUGCACUUGACCAUAUGUUGAUUUUUUUUUUUUUUUUUUUUAAUUGUGCAGCUCUAAUACUUGUUUUUCUUUUAUUUAUUUUUUUUCCAGUGACAGUUAAAUGUAAAAAUUACCAUUCACACUCAUAUUGCUAUCGCAGUAUCUGCCAAAAGAAUCGCAAUAUGAUUUUUUUUUUUUUUUUUUUCCCCAAAGCUAUCACCAUUAUGCAUCUUAAUACAAAAACACAGGUUAUCACACACAGCCACAGACUGAAUAGAGCACCUUCCUGCACGUUAGGUAGAGUUAUUCUGUACUGCUGUACCCAGCAGGUGGGGACAGACUGAAUACAGUAGAAUCUCUUUGCUGUUCAGUCGACUGCAGCAGGUUUGACACCUCACUACAAAACGACCUGAGAUCACAGAGUCAGUCUGUCCUGCUCAAAGACGCCACCUCAUGCUUAAGUUCACGUGUGAACUAACUUUUUUGCCCUGCCCAGUCUCAACCCUUCAUGGUUACAAAAACACAGAGUAAUAAAAUGACCUGUCAACAGUUUAACAGACGCUUCUUUUAUAAUGUAAAACAACAAUGUCCAGCUCUCCUCAUACUUGCCACAUCUGGGUCAAGGGUCGUCUGGGGAUUGUCGAAAGGUAUUGUGGGAAACGAAGGAAAUGUGGUGCAAGUAGAAUAGGCAGUUAUAGAGAGACAGGGUUCACCAAAAUUCACCAAAACACAAAUCAUGAACUAAAACCUUCAUCAAAUCCUGAAGUAGAAAAUAAAUGAUGUUUUUUUUAAGGUGGAUUUUUCCUUUCACCUCCAGCUAUGUUUAGAUUUUCAAAAGACAAGCAUGGACGCUUUAGUUUUGAUGGUGGGUGGUCACAUGUUGUCAGGCGUCAUUUCCUCUGUGGGUUCAGUCUUUUGUGUCCUCGUCCAAAAGAGAAAAAAAAAAAAAAUCAACAGCAUGUUUGCUCUACUUCAGGAAACAGGCAACUUUACCUCAGUCAGUUAAGCUACAAACUCGGUAAGAUUGUGACACUUACACUUUACGACAGGUUUUCUUUUUCUAGAGAAUUCAAUACUGUAUGCAUGAAAAUACAAGUACACAAUAAUAAUUAUGUCUUUGAGAUGGCGUUUCUUUAUUUGUCCUCGCCAAAGCCAGUGAAUCACUUUAAAGAGAAAACAAAAAAAAAGGAGACAUAGUUAUUAGUGCAUUUAUUUGCUCCAAUACGGGUGAACUAGUUAUCAAUAUCUUUCAGGUUUUCCACAAGAAUUACAGACAGAUAUUUUAGGGACAAGAAACCACAGGCACUUGGCUCAGUUCACGGGAACUUUUUAACUUUUCAUAAAGAAGAAAUAAGCUUUUAUUUUGCUUUUCUCUGCUCUCUCUUCCUGUGUACUGAACCAUGUAGGACUCUGUUAGGAUAUGCAAACGUCACAGAACAAUCAGCAGGUAGAGCGGUGAACUGUAAAAUCAAUGUCUCUUUGAGGCUCUUUGUUUUUUUUGUUUUUUUAUGAUUUGGGAUCCUUGUUCGAGCUCUGUAAUUUUGCAAAGUGAAGCCUUUCUGCCAUUCUUUAAAUUGCUUUAAUAGCCAACAGUUUUUUAGUAGUUAAUUUAUUUAUUAUAUCUGGACUUCAUGGAUAUCUUCUUUUUUUUUUUUUUUUGUCUGCAAGCAAAAAAAAUAAAAAGUGAAAAAACA